AUGUCUUUCAAUUCCACGCUUGAUAGCUUCUGUGGAUCAACAUUUUGGAAUAGCAGUCUCACAUGGCACACAGAAAACCCAGAGCUAACGCCAUGCUUUCAAAAGACGGUUCUAGUAUGGAUUCCCUGCUUUUACUUAUGGGUAGCGGCGUUUCUUGAUGUAUACUAUAUACUUAACAGCAAAGAAAAAAAUAUACCAUGGAACAUACUAAACACAAGCAAGUUAGUGAUAACUUGUUUACUGAUUGUUUUAAAGUUUGUGGACCUGGGCGUAACUGUACAUAAUGCGUCAAGAGAAGACUUGGAAGUGUUCAGUGCCGAUUAUUAUAGUCCCAUCAUAAAGAUUUUCACGUUUGCCUUAUCAGCGACGCUGUUAUACUACAAUAGAAAAUACGGCAUGAGAGCAUCGGGGGUGCUUUUCUUCUUUUGGUUAAUUAUAGUUUUUGCCGGUUUACCUCAGCUUAGGACACAGAUUGUUUCACACUAUAAUAGCGAUGAGAAUGAAAACGUCAAGUAUAAUUUCGUUAGUUACAUGAUGUAUUAUGUUUUAGUACUGAUUAUGUUCGUAUUAAACUGUUUCGCUGACUUGCCACCGAAAAAUUCGCCUUACAAGUACGAAAAGAACCAAUGUCCAGAGAAGGCAUCAGGAUUCCCGAGUCGACUCACGUUCAGUUGGUUCGAUCCUCUCGCCCUGACAGGAUUCAAAAGGAGUUUAACCGAAGACGAUCUCUGGGCUUUGAAUCCUCCAGAUUCUUCUACAGAAGUUGUACCGAAGUUUGACAAGUAUUGGGAAAGAUCUUUACAAAAACGAGAGAUUUUAAACGGUACGAAGGCGACGUACCGCAUAACAUCUGCCAGCGUUAACUUCAAGCCUGAGUCUGAAAAGAAACCGGCAUCCAUAUUGCCAGCGCUAUGUUUAGCCUUUGGAGGCCAGUUUCUGUUCGGAUCUCUCCUCAAACUCUUCAACGAUAUACUAAUGUUCCUGUCACCACAACUGCUCAGACUUCUCAUCAACUUCGUACGUACAGACCAGGCGUUAUGGAAAGGUUAUUUGUUUGCUGUGGGGCUUUUCGUUUGCGCCAUGGUACAAACUAUGCUUUUAGCACACUAUUUUACUCGAAUGUAUCUGGUGGGCAUGAGAAUAAGAACAGCAUUGACCAGCUCCAUCUACAGGAAAUCGCUGCGAAUGUCGAAUUCAGCGAGAAAAGAGUCCACUGUAGGAGAAAUUGUUAACCUCAUGUCUGUCGAUGCGCAAAGGUUUAUUGAACUAACCGCCUACUUGAACAUGAUAUGGUCGGCACCGCUACAAAUUAGUCUUGCCCUAUAUUUCCUGUGGGGAAUUCUCGGCCCGUCAGUUCUGGCUGGUUUAGCCGUGAUGAUAAUAUUAAUACCAAUCAAUGGACUUAUAGCGAACAGAGUAAAGACACUGCAGAUCAAACAAAUGAAAUACAAAGACGAACGAGUGAAACUCAUGAACGAAGUACUGAACGGAAUCAAAGUCUUAAAAAUGUAUGCUUGGGAGCCGAGUUUCGAAGAACAAAUCCUUAAAAUAAGAAACAAGGAAAUGGGUGUGUUGAAACAAGCUGCUUAUCUUAACUCCGCCACGUCAUUUAUUUGGUCAUGUGCGCCUUUCUUGGUGACCUUCCUAACAUUCUUCACAUUUCUGAUAAGUGAUCCCGAGAAAAACAUCCUGACAGCUGAAAACAUAUUCGUCUCAAUGUCUCUGUUUUACACAAUGCAUUUGCCAUUAGGUUUACUGCCCCUCAUCAUUGUUGCUGUGAUCGAGGUAGUGCCACAGGAUGUAUCGCUGAUGUCGUUCGGGUGCUUUGUGUUGGUAAACGAAACAGAAGUGCUGGACUCUGAAAGAGCUUUCGUAGCGUUGUCUCUUUUCAACAUUCUCCGUUUCCCACUCUCAAUGCUGCCUAAUGUUAUAUCAAAUGUGGUGCAAACCGCUGUCGGUAUAAAGAGAUUGAACAAAUUUUUGAAUUGCGACGAAUUGGAUGACUCUUCCGUAGAACACGAUCCUAAAGAACCAAAUCCAAUUGUAAUCGAAAAUGGAAACUUUACGUGGGGUGACCAGAACUCUGACCCGUCACUGAUAAACAUUAACUUGCGGAUUCCUCGCGGCUCGCUCGUGGCUGUGGUAGGUGCCGUCGGCUCGGGUAAAAGCUCGCUUCUCGCUGCAUUGCUUGGAGAGAUGAACAAAACUUCUGGACGUGUUAACACUACUGGAACCAUAGCGUACGUGCCUCAACAAGCGUGGAUCCAGAAUGCAACACUUCAAGAUAAUAUUUUAUUCGGUAAACCUCUGGACAAACAAAAAUACAAUGAUGUAAUAAACGUGUGUGCACUUAAGCCCGACUUUGAAGUGUUACCUGGAGGCGACCAAACUGAAAUAGGAGAGAAAGGUAUAAAUCUGUCUGGCGGUCAGAAGCAGCGAGUGUCAUUGGCGCGAGCCGUGUACUGCAGCGCAGAUAACUACUUCCUGGACGAUCCUCUUAGCGCUGUCGACUCUCACGUCGGGAAACACAUUUUCGAUAAGGUGAUAGGACCGAGCGGGCUGCUAAAGAACACAACGCGCGUGUGGGUGACCCACAACGUGUCGUACCUGUCGCAGACUGACAUGGUGCUGGUGCUGCGCGACGGAAACGUGUCGGAGGCCGGCACGUACCAGCAGCUGCUCGAGAAGAAGGGUGCGUUUGCAGAGUUUCUGCUGCACCAUUUAAGCGAUGCUGAGCGUACAUCACCAGAAGAAUUGGACGAAAUUAAGCAGGACCUGGAAAGUAAACUCGGGUCUGAAUUCCAAAACAAAUUACAAAGGGCCCGUUCUCUAUCUGAAAGCGCGUCGGAAUCGGAACAACCUGCUGCAGGGGACCACACCAGCAGCGUGAAGAGAAAGACCCCAGACAGUGUUAGUCCUAAUGAACUGAAAGAGAAAAAUAAACUCAUCGAAACCGAGAAAACAGAGACUGGAAGCGUAAAAUGGAAUGUAUAUAAACACUAUAUAAUGAGCGUGGGUAUAUUCUCGUCCGUGGUGACAGUGGUAAUGAAUCUAAUUCUACAAGUGUUCCAAGUUGGCUCCAACUACUGGCUUACCGCGUGGUCCAAUGACGACAAAAUGUUGGUGAACGGCACUGUUGACACCGCGCGACGUGACAUGUACCUCGGCGUGUAUGGCGGCCUCGGCGUCGGACAAGUGGUGUCGGUGUCGGUGUCGUCGCUGGCGCUGUACCUGGGCACGCUGGCGGCGUCGCGCGCGCUGCACGCGGCGCUGCUGGGCGGCGUGCUGCACGCGCCCACCAUCGGCUUCUUCGACUGCACGCCCGUCGGCCGCGUGCUCAACCGCUUCAGCAAGGACGUCGACGUGCUCGACAACGUCCUGCCCAUGACGCUCAGGGGCUGGACCUCCUGCUUCUUCGCGGAUUACUUCAUAGAUCCUGAAAACAGAGAAUCUCGAAUAGCCGUAUCAAUAAAAACAACUGCUGAAAUAGAUCAACAACCCAAAAUUUCAAAAAAUGAAAACAAGGAUCUCAUAAGCGAGACCGUGAAUGAAAACGAAGCAAUAGGAUCGUUUUUUGCUGAUUUAAUGCCAUACCUGGCAUGUUGGCGCGCAGCGAGGUAUCUCCACGAGCUAUUAUUGGACCAUGUGUUAAAAGCGCCUUUGCAAUUCUUCGAAGUGACGCCGCUGGGCAGGAUACUCUCUAGAUUUUCUAAAGACGUUGAUGUUUUGGACACAUCUCUACCUUCGCAGAUUUCUGACUUGAUGUGGUGCUUGUUUGAGGUAUUGGGUACUUUAUUCGUAAUAAGUUUCUCGACGCCGAUAUUCUUGGCUGUGGUCGUACCCAUCGGCGUCCUCUACUACAUAAUCCAGCGGUUCUACGUGGCAACGUCGCGGCAGCUGAAACGUCUCGAGUCUGUCUCACGAUCGCCCAUCUACUCGCACUUCGGAGAGAGUAUCACCGGCGCCUCAACUAUUCGAGCUUACGGUGUCGCAGAAAGGUUUAUAAAAGAAUCUGAACGCGGUGUCGAUCACAACCAGUGCUGUUAUUACCCAAGCUGUAUCGCGAACAGAUGGCUGGCGGUCAGGCUAGAGAUGAUGGGAAAUUUUAUUAUAUUUUUCUCUGCCAUGUUCGCAGUAUACAGUAGAGAGACCAUCAGUCCCGGGCUAGUAGGUCUAUCGGUUAGCUACGCGUUGCAGAUCACACAAACAUUGAAUUGGCUGGUCCGCAUGACGUCAGAAGUAGAAACUAAUAUAGUAGCCGUCGAACGAAUAAAAGAAUACGCGGAGACCGAUCAGGAAGCGGCGUGGGUGAAACCGUCGGGUCCCGGAGCUACGUGGCCCGAGACCGGAGCGCUGCAGCUGGAGCAGCUGACGCUGUCGUACCGCAGCGGGGGCGAGCCCGCCCUGCGCGGCAUCACCUGCACCGUGGCGCCGCGCGACAAGCUCGGCAUCGUGGGCCGCACCGGCGCCGGCAAGUCCACGCUCACGCUCGGCCUCUUCAGAAUCGUCGAAGCGGUUUCCGGCCGUAUACUCAUCGACGGUCUGGACAUCGCUACGAUUGGCCUACAUCAGCUGCGCUCGCGCAUCACCAUUAUCCCUCAGGACCCUGUCUUGUUCUCGGGCACGCUGCGAAUGAACCUCGAUCCGUUCGAGACGUACUCUGACGACGACUUGUGGCGCGCCCUCGACCACGCGCAUCUCAAGCCGUUCGUACUUGGACUACAAGCGGGACUCCGACACGAAGUAUCGGAAGGGGGUGAAAAUCUGUCCGUUGGGCAGCGACAACUAGUUUGCCUGGCGCGAGCCCUUCUACGAAAGACCCCCCUGCUCGUGCUAGACGAGGCUACCGCCGCCGUCGACCUGGAGACCGAUGAGCUUAUCCAGAAAACUAUUCGCACUGAGUUCGCAGCUUGCACCGUGCUGACCAUCGCUCAUCGGCUCAACACUAUUAUGGACUCUACAAAAGUUAUGGUGCUCGACAAAGGUCAGCUCGUUGAGUACGCGCCUCCAGAACAAUUACUACAGGAUAAAAAAUCCAUAUUUUACAGCAUGGCUAAAGACGCCGGACUCGUUAACUAA